CCGGCCGGCGCUCCCAAAACGCAAGCCUCCCCGGGCCCGCCAGUGAGCAGAGACACGACAGCCCGAGGGGGCGGAGGCUGAAGGCGGGCCUGGAACAGCGGCACAGCCGCCCCGGCCUGGGGAGGGAACGAAAAAUCCCUCCCUCCACCCAGCGCACUCUGCUGCGCUGCUCCUCCCCUGCCGCGUAGAGCUGACCCGGAGCAGGAAGCAGAAGAAUGGCAUCUCUUGACCUCAGCGCGGCACGGAAGGGCUCACGGGAAAAUAAUGGAGAUGGGAUGAGAGAAGAUAAGCAUCCAGCACUGCUAAUAUCCUUCUGUUCAGCCUUUAUUGUUUGCUAGUCUGGAGUCAGCAUUGGUGGAUGAAAAAGGUAGAUGACUCUAAGAUGUUCGAAGGGAUCAAAUCAUCGGAUGAAGCUUCUGCUUCUUCAGCAAAAGGAGUUGGAAGACAUGGUGUUAAAGGCUCUAUAAGACAGGACAGCAGUAGCAGUGUACACACAAGAGAGCAAGAGCAUCCUCGGCCUCGAGUAUCCACUGGGCAAAACAAGCAAGGAUACUGCAACUGUUGCCAUGUACACUACAGCAACCUGGAACAGCAUGUUUUCAGCUCCCAGCACAGACAUUUUACCACUUACUGCAGGAAUCGUAUGGGUACCAGUAGCUUGAUGGAACGUUUUCUGCAAGAUGUUUUACAGCAUCAUCCCCACAGAUACCAUGACAACAGACCAACCUAUGAUGACAUGCCGCCCCCUGUCACUCCAGAGGUUGCUACCACUGCUCGCCUGUCCCCAGAAAGGAUGGAGAAAAGGAGGAACAGAGACAGACAGAUUUGCAGCAAAGACCCAGAGUCUGUUGGUGAAAUACGCUCUUCUACUCCAUUCUUGUCUCAUGAUGACACAAAGAAAACUUCUGUGACACAACCAUUUAUUAAAAAGCAAGAAAAAAGGCAGGAACAUGUUACAAGAAUAUCCCAGCAGCCUGUAGGCAUUUGUAGCAAUGAGAAAUGGGAUACCCUGAAAGAUGCUCAAAUUGCAAAUCGUAGCCAUGAAGGCAAGUUUACAGCUGUGAGCCAUGUAUCUCAGCAUAUUCCUGUGAAUAGUUUAAUCCAAAAUCCUUCUGUUAAUCCUAAAAAAGGAAAAAAUUAUAGCAAUUUGACAUCAUCAAAUCUAGUUCCACAUAGCGGAUGUGAUAAAACAGGAAUGGAGAUACGCAACAGUGAUGUGUUGUUGAGCCCAAGCUUAAAUCCUGCUCUAACACCGGUUCCUUCAGUUUCUCAUCAGAAUUCUAUGUGCAGCCACAGCAAUUCUUUAUAUAUUACCUCAGGUCAAUCUCUCUCAAAACGAGAUGGUUUACAAACUCAGGAUGAAACUUUGGUGUCUGAUUGUAAGCUCAGGGAUACUGUGGGUGUCAGCAGCUCCCUAGGUCUCGGGAUAUCCCCACAAACAGCAAGAUGUAAAAAUGUGAAGAUGAGCAGAGGUGGUGAAAGUUCAGUGGAUGAAACUAUUGAAGAUGUUAUUUUGAAAUACUGCCAUGGAGCUACAUCUAAAGAACUUCAUUUCAAAGAAGAAAAUAAUUCCUGUUUAACUUUUUCAUCACUUCUGGAGCAUACUCAUUUAGAGGAUUCUGAAAUUAGUUUUGACUGUGAUGCACCUAUUCAGAUGGGAACAGACUUCACCAAGGCAGCUACAAAAGAUGUUGAAUUCUUAAAAGAGAUCCAAGUAAGUUUGAAAGAUAAGGACUAUGGAACACAGCUCUCUUCUGUUUUAAAAAGUGAGUCAGUAGAGAAAACAGAAGUGGUGAAACAGGAUGCUGUAAUUCGUUCUGAAGAACCAGUUCUUCCAGCUUUGCCUCAUGUGCCUCCUUCUUUUGUGGGGAAGACUUGGUCUCAAAUAAUGCAUGAAGAUGAUAUAAAAAUUGAAGAACUUGUGCGUGAUUUCAGGGAAGGUCGUUUUCACUGCUACUUUGACAGCGAAUCUUCAGCAAACUGUGCAGGGAAGAGAAGAAAGAAAAAAAAGCAGAAGGAUGAAAAAAAGAGCAAUAUUGUUGAGGGUGAUAGAGCAGAAAGUGCACCAGUUAUACCAUUGCCAGAGUUUAAUGAUGCUUUAAGUGAUGGCUCUGAUUUUAGUAACCCAUUGUUAGUCUCAGAUACAAUACACAACCCACAAGUUCUUAAAACACCUAGGAAAAGGACAUGGCGCCUGGCUUCAAGAUGCCAGGUGGUUAAAGUCAGCCAUGGCACUCAGACAAGUCUGUUGAACUACCCUGUUUCUAAAAGAAAAAUGUGUAGAAAGGAAUCUGAUCUGUCUGAUCAGAAAGCAAGCACUAUGUGGUCAGAGAAUGAAAAAACUCCAAAUAUGAAAACUAGACUAUGUGCCCUUAAACUUCCUGAGUCCUACAGCAAGAUUAUGAGUCCUGUGCAGCCCAAGACAGUGGUGUAUGUACUUUCAUGCCCAGAUAUAAAACAGUGUAAAGGUAAACCUAUAGAUAGUCCCCAAAUGAGGAAAACCCAUAACUCCACAGAUAGUAAAGACUCUGUAAGGUAUAAAUACAAGCAGUGUCCUUUUAAGUAUUACGACCCACUGACGAAUCGCAUUCUGAAAAUGCCUCCCAAGAGUGUGGUUGGAGAAAAGGCCAGAAGGUCCUCCCAUGUUCGACAGCUUUUCAAAAGUCUCAGCUGUGAUGUAAACAAGAAGAAACUUGCUGAUGCACAGAGAGAAGGCACGCCAUCAAAGUCACUCAAUUGUUCAGAUCUCUGUAGUUCAUCUUCAUCUUUCCUCACCGAUGCAGGUAAAGGGAAUGAUGUAGCCUCAAGUCAAAAGGCAGAUGGAUCUUCUGUUUCCACAGAAAGAACAGAUUGUCUGGUUUCUGGUCGCUCUGAGAACUCUUCUAAGCACUUGAUGAUUUCACCUUUGAACUCUCAGCAGCCUGUGGUAGAAGGAGAUGGUAGAUUAACUCCAUUUAGCAAAGUUAGCAAAACCCCUCUGGCUUCCAUCAGGAGUGAGAGAUUGGAGAGAGAGAAUCCAAAGGCAAUAUGGAAGAGAAAAGAAGGCACUAAUAAAGAACCAGUUUUUUCCAGAAAGACUACAGGACCUAUGUCUGUGAGGUGUACUGUUGGGAGGAGAGGAAACAGAGUAACUGCAAGCAAACAAACUUCCAGGAAGAAAAAACGACAAAAAGAGGGGAUGGGAAAGCAACUUCAUCCUUGUGCCCAGAAAUCUGCUUUCUCCGUCCAUAGAUACCAGACAAGGAAAACUACAGUGGGAAAGCACCUUAAAAAAGAAAAGUCUGAGGCUAAAAAAUUAAAAGUGAGAAGGAAACCAAAAAGGACCUUUCUGAACUCAACUGUGGUCACAGGGAUUCCUGAAAAGGGGGAGAAAGUUGCAUCAGAAUCCUUUCCUAGGGGACCAGAGCGAACUUCGUACAAAGUCAGGAACUGGAAAGUAACUGGAGAUCGAGGUCACCCUUGCACUGUGAACCAAUGCUGUAGAAGAACCUCUGCUGUAUCAUUACUUUGAAACUUUCUUGUUCUACCAGGUGAGAGCUAGCUACCAAAAGAAGGAUUGGUUUUUUUUAUUGCCAGCACCUGGAAAAAAGCUGAGGAAAAGGAGGUCAUAGACAAAGCAGUUGAAAGGACAGACUUGCAGAAAGUGGAAAGCCAGUCUAAUGUGAAACAAUCUCAACUGUAAACUCAGCUCUUGUUCUGGGAAUGUAGGGAUAUAAUGUAUUGCACUAUUCUAUUGUGUAAAGCUGCAAAAGUUGUGCACUUGAGUUAAAAAGCACUUAGAAUCCUAUUUAUUGCACUUCACCUGUACAUCAAAAAAAAAGUGAGCUUGAAUAGUAUCAUACUGUUUGUAUAGCAUUAACAGUGCAUUAAAAUGCACUAUAAUAAGGUAAAUUAGAAGCUGUAUUAUGCCUAGUCUAAAGUGACAAAAGUGAAUUGGUUGAAAUUGCUAGAAAUUAAAUAAAGACACAAUCUGGCCUGAGUUCUGUGUAUGUUGUUUGUGUAUAUACACACCUUCAACACAAUAUUUGCCAAUGGAGUGGCAUUACAAUUAAUACAGUAUGAUACAAUUCAGAUCAAUUCCAUGCUUUCUCGAAAUGAAAUACAAUUGUACAUGUUUUUAUAUUGACUUCUUUUCCUGAAACCGUGUCCAAAGCAGUUAUUUUGGACAAAAAGUCACUGUGGGCUCGCAUCAAGCAAUAAUGGACCAUACUGGUAAGGAACUAUGUCUCUGUGGGACACUGUACACAUGAUGGUGACUGAAGUGAAAUCUCAAAUUCCAAAUUAAAUAUAGUUGUAGGCAGGUGGGGUUUUUUUUUCACAUUCCUUGCUGGGGCGAAUGAAAAACUUAGAACACAAACCACUCUAAGUGUACAAGUCUAGAAUUUCAACCUUAAAUUGGAGAGUUUGUUACAUUUUUAUGUACUGUAGUUGAAAUUUUCAGUUUAAACUUUCAUUAAAAUACUUAAAGCAGCAUCCAUCUAAAAGUAUUAGAGUUAAAAUAUCCGAUUAAAGUAUUCAGUUGAAUUAAAAUUGUAUUCCAUAGUGAUUUGUUUGGCUGCUGAUGCUCAAACUAUUCUGAUUUUAUGGCAAAAAAAUACCUGUUUUUUGUUAUUAUUUUAAUUUUUUUAAUAGUUACUAUCAUGACAGCUUAUUUAAUACAUUUAAGAGACAGCCCCCAGUCUUGCAGAUGUUUCUAGUCUUUAAAAUCCAGGACUAGUUGUUAAUUUGUAUUAAGCAUAUAGUUAAAUGUCGUGACAGUCAGGGCUUUGGGUUUUAGAUGUGCAAUUUUGUAUAUUACUUAGUAUGUCCUAGUUUAAAAGUGAUUGUAAAUUCUUUAGUUGUACGACACAUCUUUCAUAACACAAGAAAAACAGGAAAGACCAGACCCUGCUCUCUCUGCUACUGAGUGUAAUACAUGUGCACGUUUUCCCCUGAAAAAAACAAAGUAAUUCUUGAGUCAUUUUGUGAAGUGUCAAGAGUCACUGUUCUAGAUUGAGAUAAAGAUGAAAUGUUUUAUUUUAAUAUGCAAUAUCUAAAGGAAAUACAAAAGCUGUCAUCCUAAGCCACUUGUUCAAAAAGUGGGGGACUUUUGUUGAAAUACACGUGCUUAUUUCCCAGGAUGAAGAAAAGGUGCACAUGUACUUAAGCCAUCUGGAAACAUAAGUUUCUCUACAAAUCACAUACUCUCUCUGACAGUUUUGUUUUUGUUUUAGUUGUCUUAAAUUUAUUUUAUUAUUAAAAUAAAAGUUGACUUCUGUGGGUGAAUUUUCAUACUAUGGUCAGUAGAAUCUUAUGACCAUAUUUUAAGUCACUGGAAGAUGAAGGGUUAUCUUAUGAGAUUUAGAGCCCUCUUAACUAAUUGUGCCUCUGUAAUUUAAUAUUUUGUCUAACAUAAAACUUUUCUUUUUAAAGUGAAGUUUUAAAGGAGUGGUUUUUAUAGAAAGGCUAAUUUUUAGAUAAAAGAAGAUUUUUAACUAAAGAUUGGUUUAAAGCAAAGCUUUAAAUUAACAUCUAUAGAUAAGUGCUAUUUUUAUGGUACAAGAAUGUUUUCCUAUCUGACUUCUAUCUUAUUUUUCACAGUAUUGUACACAUAAAGAACAUGAUUUUUUUGUGUGUGAAUAAGGUUUAAUUCACGUUGUACUUUAAGAUCACUAGUGUGUAUUUGGUUUUGUUCUUUAUACUCCUUCAUUGCAAGCUUGUUUUUCCUGCACAGACCUUUCCUUGAAACCUUGAGUAAUAAAAUUAUUUUGAGGACUGUAUAA